AUGGACUCCAUGUUCGAGGACGACAUCAGCAUCCUGACGCAGGAGGCGCUGGGGCCGGACGAGGACUGGCUGGACAGCCCCAACACCGACCUGUCGGGGGAGAUGUGCUCGGCCUCGCACUUCGCCCUCAUCACCGCCUACGACGACAUCAAGAACCGGCUCACGGGGCUGGAGAGGGAGAACUCCACGCUCAAGCGCCGCCUCAAGAUGUACGAGGUCAAGUACCCCCUGAUCGGCGAGUUCGGGGAGGAGCACAUCUUCUCCCUCUACGAGGCCAAGGAGACGUCGCUGCUCAAGAGCGAGAAGGCGUCGCUGCAGCAGCAGCUCAACCAGUUCCAGCACGAGCUGCAGAAGAGCAAAGAGCGGGAGGAGCAGCUGGAGGAGAUGAUCCAGGCGUACGAGAAGCUCUGCGUGGAGAAGGCUGACCUGGAGACCGAGCUGGGAGAGAUGCGGGCGCUGGUGGAGACUCACCUGAGCCGCAUCCGGAGCCUGGAGCAGCAGCUGCGGCAGCGCGACGGUGGCGCCUUCCCGGGGCUGGGCACCCCCAUGCCCGGCCAGGAGGUGCCUUUCCUCACCCUGCACCCCAACCCCGGGCUGAGCCACGUGCUGGAGCGCGCCGGGGGCUGGCAGAGCCGGGCCAUGGAGGCGCAGGGCCGGCUGGAGGCCGAGCUGGAGGCGGCGCGGCAGGAGAGCCAGCGCGCCCAGCACCGCGAGGAGCACCUCAAGGCCGAGUGCGAGAGGCUGCAGGCGGAGCUGAAGCACCUGCAGGACACCCGGGAGCAGGAGCAGUCGGAGCGGGACAUGGCCUGGGUGAAGAAGGUGGGCGACGACCAGGUGAACCUGGCGCUGGCCUACACGGAGCUGACGGAGGAGCUGUGCCGCCUGCGGAACCUCAGCUCCCUGCAAAGCCAGAUCCUGCGGGCCCUGCUGCAGGAGAAGGGCCUCAACGGCGGCCAGCGCCACUCCCCGCUGUCGCAGCGCCGCUCGCCCGCCCCGCAGUGCCCCUCGCCCGCCCCGCCGGGGCGCUCCCAGUGCCAAUCCCCCGCCCUCCAACGCCGCUCGCCGGGCCCCCCCAGCCAGUCGCCGGCCCAGCAGCGCCGCUCGCCAGCCCCCGGCCCCUGCCAGUCCCCCGCGCAGCAGCGCCGGUCCCCGGUGCCCCCCUCCAGCCAGUCCCCGGCGCAGCAGCGCCGAUCCCCGGCCCCGCCGCCGCCCUGCCCGUCCCCGGCCUCGGCGUCCCCGCACCGGCUGCCCGGCGAGAGGAUGGAGCUGGGCUACGCCAAACCCUCCAGCCGCCACAUCAAGGCCGGCUUCCAGGGCCGCCGCAGCUACUCGGAGGUGACCAACGUGGCCCUGUACCAGCAGAGCCGCUCGCUGUGGCUGCAGCCCGAGGCCUCCACGCUGCCCAAGCACCGGCCCUACGGGGACGUGUACCUGGGGGGCGCGGGGGCCCCGCUGAGCGCCCACGAGCCCUUCGAGGAGCAGCACGUGCGCUUCGAGAAGCAGCAGUCGUCGGACGAGGAGGAGUGGGCCCUGCCCAGCCCGCCCAGCCCCGAGGCCGGCGCCAUCCGCUGCGCCUCCUUCUGCGCCGGCUUCCCCGCGCCCGACGCCGACGCCGUGCGCCGGACGGCCGCUGCCUACGCCCGGGCGGAACACGCCCAGUCCUGGCCCUCCAUCAACCUGCUGUUGGAGACGGUGGACUCGGAGGUGAGGAGCUGCCCCCUGUGCCAGCUGGCCUUCCCCAUCGGGUACCCGGACGAUGCCCUGGUGAAGCACAUCGACUCCCACCUGGAGAACAGCAAGAUCUGAGCCUUCCCCCCGCCCAUUCCCGACCUUUGGAUGCUGCAUGAAAACACACCAGGAGCGCCACGGCUCCCGAAAUACCUCCAAGUCUUCAGUAGCUACAGAAAGACUGAGCCCCCCACACACACCCCGGAGCCCCCC